ACAGCUGAUGAUGAAAAAAUAAAUAAAAUCUUUAUUUAUAUCAAUGAAUUAACGGAAAAAUGUAUAAAAGGCCUUAGCUGUUUUAAGUCUUGUUAUUUUUUUGCUUAUAUUAUCAUUAAUCGAAAUGUAUUAGUAAAUUAAUGUGUUGGAAAUAUAGUAUUAUUCGUGGUCACACUGAUUUAAAGUAUUCGAAGUCAUGACGUCCACCAAGCCACACAUUUUGAUUAUUGAACCAUUUUACGGGGGAAGUCACAAACAGCUGAUUGACACAGUGAUCGAGGGUCUCAGCCAUACAGAUUAUGAGAUAUUCAGCCUUCCCGCCAAGAAAUGGCAUUGGAGAGCACGAACCUCCGCUCUGCACUUCUCACAGCUGAUCCCCCUCGAUCACGAAUAUCGGGUACUAUUCACCAGCUCCGUUCUCAGCCUGGCCGAACUGAUUGGCAUUCGUCCGGAUCUUGGAACGUGCCGUAAAAUAGUAUACUUUCACGAAAACCAGCUGAUCUAUCCCGUACGUGAGGUAAAACAACGGGAUUGUCAGUAUGGUUUUAAUGAGAUUCUUUCCUGCCUAGCCGCAGACAUUGUGAUAUUCAAUUCGCAGUUCAAUUGCACAUCGUUUCUGGAUAAUGUGCAACCCUUUUUAAAAAUCCAACCAGACUUUAAAAUACAACAGAUUAGGGAGAAAAUCGAGAAGAAAUGCCAGGUGCUUUACUUCCCCGUCAGGUUUCAUAGAUUUCCCAACAAGCGGUUAGUUGUAAAGGAGGAUAUUAAUGCUGAUCUGGAUCGGGAUCAGGAUGGCCUCCAUCUCAUAUGGCCACAUCGCUGGGAACACGAUAAGAAUCCAAAGCUAUUGACUGAGGCGCUAUACGAGCUUAAUGAGCGCAAUGUGAACUUCAAGGUGACUAUAUGCGGCGAAAGCUACCAGGAGAUACCAGAGGCCUUCAAUAAUAUACAGGAGAGACUGGGGGAAAAAUUGGUAAAUUUUGGGCAUUUAAAACGGGAGGACUAUGUGCAGACCCUGUUGACUGGAGACAUUGUGAUUUCAACUGCGGACCAUGAGUUUUUCGGGGUAUCCAUGCUGGAAGCAACUUUUUGUGGCUGUUUUCCUAUUGUCCCCAAUAAAUUAGUUUAUCCGGAAAUCUAUCCGAAGGAAAAUCUGUACAACACAUCCAAUUCUCUGAUUAAGAAGCUCUAUAACUUUUGCAGAAAUCCGAAGGUAUUUCGCAAGCACCGGGAUCAAUUCUUUGAAACGUUUAAUUUCGACCAUUAUUCCGCGGAACAACUUGUGCCAAAAUAUCUUAAUAAAAUAUUAGUUAGUGAUCCUUCAAGCCAAUCUCAACCAAGCAAUUGAAAUAUAUUUGAAUAUGCUCUGUU